AUGGCUGAAUUUGUUUCUGAAUCUGAAAAGGAUACAGACUCCGAACGUAUGAAUAAAAUAGCUGAUGAUGUAAUUGAAGUUUUACGGAAACUUGAUGAAGAAUAUGAUUCUUUGGUAAAAAGUGCAGAAAAACGAUUAGAAUCUGAUGGAACCCGGUAUGAAGUGAAGAACUGCAAGAAUGAAAAAGAGAACUUCGUUCAUGAUGUAGUGGAACAAGGAAUUGCGAUUUUUGAUAAAACUCAAAGAAGAUGGGAAGACCUAGAGCUUUCAAUGAAAUUAGCAGAAUAUGAAGAGAUGACCAGAAUUCUUGAGAAGGAAAAACAAACUUAUGUGGAAAAGAAGUCCCUUUUUGAAAGAAGAAUUAAUAUAGAAAAAAAUAAAAUUGAUGUAUUGAAUGAAAAAAUUGAAAGCGCACUUGUGAUUGGAAAUGAUUAUCAUAAUAAGGAGCUGCAGUUGAAGUUGUUAAUGGAUGAGCUUCAAGAUUUAUCUGUGGAAGAAACCUUAUAUCCAACUGCUAUUUUAGAAUUGCAUUCUGCAUGUACCCAACUUCAAGCAAGAAUAGAAAAUAUGGAAAAAGAUUUGUUAAAGUAUGCUGAUUUGCCCCCAGAUUAUGAGAAAGCAAGAGAGAAGUUGGCUGAAGUAAUGUUACAAGAUCAAGAACUAGAGAGACGGAUAAGAAAUAUUAUCAAAUAA